AUGUUAAGGGUUAAGCAAGAAGUAGAAGAACUCGUAAAAUUCGCGGUCGGCGAAGACUAUGAAAGAGAACGACGUGAACGAAUUGAGCAAAAUCGGGCCAUAUUGGCAAAGUUAGGCUUGGAUGAAAAGUUCCUGCAGCAGCUGAAACCUCAAAGGGUGAAACCAAAGAGGGAAUUGCAGGUGACAGCUCAAGAAGUCGUGGAGAAAGCUGUUCAAAGACAACAACCAACGCGUCGAAGCCCGCGCAUUCAGAAAAUGGUUCCUCGCUAUGAUUUACGCGUCAAAAAUUAUACGCCACGUGUUCCUCGCAGUUAUAAACGAAAGGUUAGUCGCACAAAGUCUACUGGCCGAAACACCCAAGGACGUAGAGUUUACGGCGGUAGGGUUUACGACUCUGAGCUCGGAACCACGUGCCACCAAUGUCGUCAAAAGACUAUCGAAGAGAAAGUUCAGUGUACCAAUGCACUUGAAAAUGGUUCUCUUUGUAAAGUGAUGAUGGACGAACGUUGUCUCAUUGGGAGGUAUGGUGAAACAUUGGAAGAUGCGCGUAAAUCGGGCGAAUGGAAUUGCCCAAAAUGCCGUGGAGUGUGCAACUGCUCAUUUUGUCGCAAGAAGAAAGGUCUCCCGGCCACGGGAAUAUUAAAAUAUUACGCCUUGGCCAACGGAUAUACUUCGGUCAUGCAUUACUUGGGUGACAAUAAAAGAACAACAAGGGACUAA